AAUUAACCAUGUUUUUUUUCUGGUAAAAGUGUAACCUUGUGGUGUAUUCAAUACUAUUGAUUACUAUUAGCAAAACCAUGAACUACAGUGUAAUAAACACCCUUUUUUUGUUUUAACUGUAUAAACCCAUGGUUAAUUUUCGUAAGGGAUUAACUCUCUACUGUUUUUCAACUUACAGUAGGGAAAAUGCCCGCGAAAACAUAUUUGUGUGAAUUUCCCUUCUGUAAAUACAUUUGAAAAUGACCGCGAAAAUCCGACCAAUGACAUUUCCGACCAAUGAGGGAGAUUUCAAAUUCUGACGAGCCAGACGGAUAUUUUACCGUUGCUAGAGGACACGAAGAAUUCAACAAGUAAGUAUUUUUUAUAUUUUUGUAAUUAUAUAUUAUAUUUUAUAUUGUCCGUUUGUCGUUGAAAGUCUUUUAUUCUGCAGUUUAAUCAAGUGGUUGGUAAUUUCUGUCAUAACCGAAUAAUUUGCAGUUAAACGUAACAUUACCUAAACAUUUUAAUGUUUUUCUGCCUCAGUUAACUUAAAAUUGCAACGCAACAGUUAGGGAAUGUAGUGAGGAAAGCAAUAUUUUUUGCUUUAACUGAUGUUUCAACCAAUAUUUUACAGUGCAUCUUGUUUUUAUUUCAAGUUCGCGGUCUGGAUUAAAUCUUUUGGAUCGUCGGUGGUGCGUUUGAUUGUGGCAGAUAACAAUUACCUUCACAACGAGGAAAAACCAAGGUAAAUGAAAAGAUGGACUUAAUGGAGGACAGCAUCAAGAAGGCGCUACCCAUGCUUCAGGAGAGUGAUUAUACCAGACUUACAGCACACUUGGCUGGUAUGGGUGUGCAGACAGACAGUGAUCUCCACUUUGUUACCUUAGAAGACAUCAAAGAGAUUAUUCCUAUUGUUGCUGCCCGUAGACUGUUACACUACAUAAAGAACAUGGGCCGUGAAGACCUUACUUCUGACCAGCAAUCCAGCUUCUCAAGAGGCUCUUCAUCUUUACAUCAACCAAGCCAGGUCCCUAUUCAGGUUUCUGACUGGGUCUCGUCAUAUGAAAUACCGUGGGAGAAAAUGCCACCACAUUUGCGACAAUGCCUUGCACAAGGCCAGAGACCCCGAAAGCAGGAGCAUUUAGCAAUGGUGAGAACAAUUGUAGACUCAAUUCGAGAAAUAUGCCUGAACCCUUCUAGAAGUCAGUGUUCAGAAAUUGCGAGAAGAAUUACUGAGAAAUACCCCAAAAGCUUUGCCGAUGUAACAAUGGAAGGAGAGCUGAUUGGCUGUGGCUAUGGAUCCUUGUUAAAUCAGAUAAAAACAAGGGUUGAACAUGUAAAUCGUGACAACACACUUGUAAGAGUUAGAAAACCAAAACGGCAUAUCACUGACAAUGAGUCUUCAUCCAGCAGUGAGAUUACCCCAUCCAAAUGUUCAAAAACAGAUAGCUACGGCUGCAUCAACUGGCACCCAGUUGACCUCCCUCAAGAUGAGACACCAGAAUCAGUAGAACUGAAGAGAGACACAAUGGUCAAGUUGUUUUCUGAAGAGGGACCCAGAGCAGCAGAGCGUGGCCAGGUCGAACAACUGAUGAAGACAACAUAUGCUUCUCAACGCUAUGCCAUCAAUAAGAACCCCCCACCCAGCAUUGAUCAACUCAAAGAACAGUGGCCAUUUCUUUUCAUGAAGAGAUACUUGUGUGCCCACUUCAACACUCUGACUGGGAUUGAUAUUAACACUAGACUCACAGAAUCUCUCAGCAGAAAAGGAAAGAAGGUGCUACAGUUUUUUGAAAGUCAACUUAAGAGAUGGAAUAAGGAUGUCCGGACAGUCCUGAAAGACAUCAGUAGUGCGGAAAAGGGAGAUAUUGACUAUGGUGUUGCAUCUGUAAUUACCAUUAUGGCAUAUUACAAAGAAAAGGAGGAGUCACUCUUUCUUUUGGCAGAUGUCACUGCAACUUCUGCAGAUGUACAGGAAAGCCUCACUGUACCCAGCACCCCAAGGCUGAUUGCAUUUGGAGAUUCUGUUCUCCAUGCCAAAAGAUGGAUGCUUACAAUGGAGGGCAGAGUCAUCAUUGAGUCACAAGACCUAACUGAUUUUCAGUCCGCAUUAGCUGUCUUGUUUGGCUGCUACUACGCUUUCAAUGUUCAGUACCAAGAAGAGGCAGCUGCGACUCUGGAGUUCCUGCAGAGAUUCAUUCUACGAAUAAACCCUGAUGGGACAAAAUGCCAGUCAAAGACACGGAUCAGCCGUACCUCUGGGAAGAAGGUGCAACGAAAAAGUUCUGGCCUGAAUCCUCAUGUUGCGUCUUUAAUAAAAGAGCUUGUUGACUUUGAUUGGCAAAAUUUUUAAAAAACGACCAACAACCGAGUUAAGUAAUGUUAAUGUGUAAUGUGGAAAGUGUUAGUUUGAAUGGCUUGUUCUGCUUUUUACAGUUUUAAAAUGUAGCCAAAAUGUAAUUUGUUCUUUCAGUAAAUUGUUGCCCUUUAAAGGGAUAGUUCACCCAAAAAUGAAGAUUCUGUCAACAUUUACUCACUCUCAAUUUCUUUUUCUGAUGAACAUAAAGGAAGAUUUUUUGAGGAAUGUUUGUAACCAGAGCAUUCGUGAGCCCCUUUCACAUAGUAUUCUUUAAUCCUAUGAAAGUAAAUGGGGGCUCAUGAUUGGUUUGGUCACAAACAUUCCUCAAAAUAUCUUCAUUCAUUGAUUUAGAAAUUGAUUUAGGUUUGUAACUACAUGAGAGUGAGUAAAUUAUGACAGAAUUUUCAUUUUUGGGUGAACUAUCCCUUUUAAGUUCUCUGAUCUAAGACAAAUUUCUCUAAGGUACCAUUUAUUGUCUCCCUUAGAAGUAAAUGUCUGUUAGUAAUGUAAAACAACUGAAAGACUGCAUUUAAAAUGUAAUGUAAUGUAAAUGUAAUUCUGUUUCA